GCAGGCAGUUCAGUUGCCUGAAGAGAAGAGACAGAUAUCACAAAUCGGAUUAUACUACAAGACGAGUCAAGGGGAUCACUGCAAUACACAAGGCCAAAAUGGAAAGGGAGGUGGUGCUUUGGGCCGUUGUACUUUUUCCAAAUGGCGGAGCUGCAACAGUUCUUGCCAGCUGGUUCAGUCUAAAGGAAGGUAAAUUGUUAUGGCCCCCAAAAAACAUGUAUUUGAAGGCCCUUAAAGAACACAUGACGGCCCAUAAAGGAUGGACCACAUAUGCGAAUGUCCGGCUCUUGAUUACUUGUGACUCAUUGGAAAAGGCCAAACGAUACGAAGAAAAGUAUGUGAAUACUGGAUGUCUGAGCUCUGAGGAUGAAGCAAGUGAACGUGGGAAAAGAAGAGUAAGGCCAAAUCCUGUGUACAUGGAGUCAGAUGGGGAGUCAGAAACCAGCUGUGUGAAGAGAAGAUUUGCCAAGCCACCUGAUGUUCAUUGUCCUACAGUGCUCCCAGAAUCCAGCCAGUACCCCUCAGGACCAACCCCAAAUGCAAGCAGUGCCUCUGGAGGAAGCCACUCGGAGGAUGUUCUGUCAAUUCACCAGGCUGACAAUGGCUUUUGUGGAAGCUAUUUGGCGGAGUUGGACCAGUCAAUGGACCACUGUAAUGAUGGAUUGCCAACAUAUAACUCCAGCCCCUACCACGCUAUGCCAUUAGAGAAAGCAAGGAAUGACAUUGCUGCCAUGAGAACCACGAAGAUGCUUACCGAGCUAUGUAUGGAGGUGAAGCAGAUCUCACGUGACAUUAACUUUAUAAAGACGGAACUUGCUAAACUAAACAUUCAUGGAGCUGGACCAGAGUCACAAGAAGACAACUUCCCCAUAAUGCUUCCACUCACCAACGAGGAGAAGUUUGAUGAGACUGAAGCUGCUCUUGAGGGAGGAAGCAGUCCGUCGAAAGAUGUCGGAGGGACCAACUCGGAAAAUAUGAUCCGGCGAAUGCUAUCCGCUGCCAUGACAAACAGUCUAGCCUGCAUCUUCAACUGGAGAUCUGAGAAGAUUAAGUGCAUCCGAUCUACACAUAAUGUUUCCAUGUGCAUCAAAACGAUUUCCCCCUGCACCAGCGUCGGCCAAGUCUGGAAUGGCAUCUGUGUAUUCGUCGGGAACUGGCACUCGUUCCCUCACUUCCUGUUCACAUUCCAAGCGUUCCAACUGUUGCCCUGGACACAUUUCACACCAGGCAUCUUCAAGAGCACCUGUGUGUCCUGA